UUACUACUUUUUCUUAUUUUAUUCUCUCUCUAUUAUUCUCUCUCUCUUCGCUUAAAACCCUAAUUCCCCUUUCUCUCUCCCUUCUCCCUUCUCCCUUCUCUCUUUCUUUGCGUCCUUGGAGCUUCGAACGAACAACAGACUCUCCUUCUUCUACUCUCUCUCUCUCUCUCUCUGAUGGCGACAGAAGAAGAGAAGGAGAACAACAAGAAGAACCCUUACGGAGAAGGGUUGGGAACAGGAGGGAAGUUCCGAAAACGCCCCUUCCGAAGGACCCAAACGACGCCGUAUGAUCGUCCUCCCAACUCCCUCAGAAACCCUACAGCCGCCGCUCAAAGAAAUAAUGAAGGAUGGUUCUACAAGCUUAUCCGCGAUCCCGCACAACGCUUCAUCUUUCAAAGCGCCAACUCUUUCUUCUCCUCUAUCUUCCGCAAACGCCUUCCCCCACCUCCUCCUCCUCCUCCUCCCCCUACCAAUCCUCCUUCUCACCCUUCCUCCUCUAAAGACACAGAAACAGAACAGGUAUUGCGGGAUAAUCAUCAAGAAGCUCCAUUUGUUGGAAACAAUUCAUCUGGCAAGCAAUAUGUAGCACAUCAUGAAAGUGAUGUUCAGAUUAUUUGUUCUGAUGGAGAGAGUUUAUCUGAACUUGAGAAACUAUUAAGGCAGAAGACUUUCACCAGAUCUGAGGUUGACCGGUUGACCGCACUUAUGCGGUCAAGAACUGAGGAUGCACCUGAUGCACCUACCCAAGAGGGUGAGGAGAGGAAAAAGGACAUCGCCAUGGAGCCAAGGUUGCCUUGCGAACCAAAGGAAGAGUAUCCCAAAACACUUCCUCUAGAUAAUGUUGAUAAGCAUCUUGCUGUAACCCCAUAUGCCACUUCAAGUGUUCCUAUUGAGGAUGUUGCUUCACCUGCAGAGCUUGCAAAGGCAUACAUGGGGAGUAGGCCUUCCAAGGUUUCUGCAGCUAUGUUAGGUGUCCGAAGUACUGCUCGGAGGGAUGAUUUGACCUUCCCGAAAAGUGAAAAUUUCUCUCUUAGUUCAUCUGUUACAUCAAUUGUGCCGAGGAAUACUAGACAUGCUGCGGUUCAUGAAAAUGGUUUUGUGACCCCAAGAUCUCGUGGCCGGUCUGCAAUAUAUAGUAUGGCUCGGACACCUUAUUCCCGACCUUAUGUAACGUCAACCCUCAAGGGUGGUCGGCUUGCUGUUGAUGGUGAGCCGUCAUCAUCUACUCAGUCUGCAUUGGAUCGAGGCAUGCUUUCUGGAUCCAUACCCGGGGCAUUAAAGCGUAGCAGUUUAACAUUGGAUAAUGAUAUAGGAUCUGUUGGUCCUAUACGCAGAGUCCGUCAAAAGUCUAAUCUUCUAUAUUCUAAAGGUAGCAGCUCUCUAUCUAUUGCUAGGAGUGGAGCUGGCGGUGAUUAUUCUCAGCAACCAUCAUCCUCAAGUCAGAAUCCUACUCUGAUGGAUGAGAACGUGAAUGACAGUAAGCCUGGUACGAGCUUCCCCGCUUUACCCACAAAAUCAAGUGAGAUGGCAUCAAAAAUACUCCAGCAGCUUGAUAAGUUGGUCUCCCCUAAAGAAAAAUCAUCUGAAUCAAGGCUAUCAACGGUGAAUGACAUAUCACCAAUGAAAUUGUCCCCUUCUAUGUUAAGAGGACAGGCGCUUCGUAGCAUGGAAACUGUAGAUUCAUCAAAAUUGCUGGAAAAUAUGCAAGAUAAUAAAUUAGAUGGAAAAGUUGGAAAUCUGUUUCCUGGUGCCCAGAAGUUAACCUUGCAGAAAGACACAGUUGAAAAUCGUCCGUUGAAGCUUAAUGCUCCUUCUGAUGUAGAUGCCACAAACCCAAAGAACCAAUUCAUGUCUAGUGCAAAGUCUGUUGAUUCUAGCAUGAUAAAUUCCGUUUCUUUCCAUCCACAGAAGAAGAGUGCAUUCCAUAUGAGUGCGCAAGAGGAUUUCUUGGACCUGGAUGAUGAUGCAUAUCCUAAUGGGGCUGUCUCAUCUUUUCCUGCUGCUGAGAAAGAAACAAGUGGCUCAAUCGCUAUGGCAGAGAAAACUACCUCUCUGACAGGAUCUAAAAAUUUGGCAGUUGAUGGUGAAGGUUAUGUUGGGGCUGCUGCGACUAGGGUUGGUGAGAAGGUUGAUAUAUCAACAUCUAUAACACCAUCUAUCCCUGGGGCAAAUAAUCCAGUUACAGUUGGAAUUACAGAAGCUACAAAAAUAAGUUUUGGUUCUGAGAAACCUGCUUCCCCAAAUGGGUCUGUUGCUAAUCCUGCCAUGUUUAAUUUUGCUAGUAAUGUGGUUUCGUCCACUGCUACUGGUGCUCCAGCAGACAAUCUAACCAAAUCAGCUCCCAUAUUUGGUUUGGAAAAGGUUCCGCAAGUGCCAUUUAGUUCAUCAUCGCCUGGCGAAGGAUUCAGUCCUGUGAGGUUUGGUGCAUCUGACUCAAUGGCAGGAAACUUUGUCAGUUCAACGACAGUUGCUGGUACAACUGAUUCUAGGCCCAAAGUUCGUGAGUCUGAAAAAGGUGGUACCGAGACCAACAAGGAUAUGGGAUUUUCUGAAAGGUCAUCUGGACCUGCUGUUUCUCCUGUCACAUCAACAUCACCCACAAGUAUAUUUACUUUUGGCCAGAGUUCAACAUCAAGUCAAAAUAAUGGGUCUAUUGCUUUAAGCCCACCAAUGUCUUCACCCUUUUCUUCUCUUGGAUCAAAUAAUUUUGCCAGUCAAAAUAUAUUCAGUAGCUCAUCCCUUGCAGCAAGCAGCACCAGCACUAGCAAUGCUUUUGCAUCUGCUGGCUCCAUAAUGACAACCAGUGCUGCUGCCAUGACUGCAUCAAACAAUUGCAGUUCUUCCACCCCGUUGGUGUCAUCUUCGACUUCAAGUUCAACUGCUUCCAUUUUCAAAUUUGGAUCCACUCCUUCCCUUUCAACAGGUUUUCCUGUAUCGUCUUCUGGCACAGAACCUCUGGAAACUAAGAGUAUUAAGGAUGGAGGAGUUGGUAAUCUUAGCAGUUCUGCCUUUUCUAGCUCAUCUGCUGCUGUUGGAAGCACUGGUAGUGGCAUUUUUGGGGUCAGCUCUUCGUCAAAUAGUCAGUCUCAGGGUUCUGUUCUAGGUGCUACUGUUAGCAGUGGUUCGAUUCUUGGUGCUCAGGUGUCUCCUGAUAAUAGUCAGUUUGCGGCUUCUACACAGAGCCAACCUCUUUCAUUUGGUUCAUCUGCAUCAACUCCAUCCUUUGGGUUGGCUGGGAGUACAACCUCUUCAGGGAGUUCUUUGUUUACUUCAUCGAGUGCUGGCACCACAAGUACUGGUUUUACUUCUGGGAGUUUGUUUGGUUCAUCUGGAUCGUCUCCAUCCUUUGGGUUAACUGGGAGUGCAGGCUCUUCAGGUAGUUCUUUGUUCACCUCAUCCGCUACUGCCACAGGUACAGCUUUUCCUUCUGUGGGUUCAUUUGGUUCAUCUGCAGCAAUCCCAUCCUUUGGGUUGACCGAGAGUACAGCCUCCUCGGGAAGUUCUUUUUUUACUUCCUCCAGUGCAGCCACAAAUUCAUCCUUUUCUUCCGGGGGUUCAUUGUUUUCUUCCUCAAGUCCUGCCACAAAUAUUUUCAAUUCUGGUUCGACUUUUGGACUUGGUGCCUCGGCUUCAUCCUCAGCAGCCAACUCUAAUAGCUCCAAUGGUGGUACAAGCACUGGUUUGUUUGGUUCUUCUACAUGGCAGCCCAACAACUCGCCAUUUGGUUCCACAUUUAGUUCAUCAUCUUCGACUGGCUUCUCCUUUGGAGCAUCUGCCAUUUCUGCUGCUUCUAGUAGUUCACCCUUUGGAGCAUCCACUGGUUCUGUUAUGUCUACCAGUUCACCUUCGAUGUUUUUAUCAACCAACAAUGCAUCAACUCCUCGAUUCUCAUUCACUUCAGCUGCAGCCUCUACCUCCAGUCAGAAUGCCUUUGGAACUCCUAACCCCGUCUUCUCAUUUGGUUCCACUCCUGUUAAUAAUAAUGAUCAGAUGAGUAUGGAGGACAGUAUGGCUGAGGACACAGUUCAAGCAACUCCACCAGGGCCGGCAGCUCCUAUAUUCGGUCAGCAACCUCCACCAGCUCAGUCAAAUUUUGUAUUUGGAGCAUCAACUCCAUCAGGAGCCAGUCCUUUCCAGUUUGGUCAGAAUACUGCUCCACAGAGCCCUUCUCCAUUUCAGGCCUCUGGCAGUCAAGAGUUCAACGCAGGUGGGAGUUUCUCAUUGGGCACGGGUGGCGGUGACAAGGCUGGUCGACGGAUGGUGAGAGUUAAGAACAAGAUGCGGAAGAAGUAAGACUACUUUGUUUAUGAAGAUGGUAACUUCUGCACUGCUGUGGUGCUGCAGACCUGCACCAUACAACAAAUAAACAUGCUCCAAAGAGUGAUUGCGGGAUAUUGCUGUUGGCUUUGCAAUAUGAAAGUGCUAUUGAAAGCUAAUCAAGAUUUGCAGGCUUUUCAGAGUCUUCUUUCUCCCUUCCUUACUUCCUUAUUCUUAUAGAAUGAAAGGCUAAGUUUUCCCAAUUUUGUAACAGUAUGAUAUGGUGAAACAAUGUGCUGAACUGUAAUGGUUUUAGGUCAGAGUUGAUGUCUUGGUCAGUUAUCAUGUUCACAAAGAUCCCUGUAUUGUUCUUAUUUGUAACAUAAUCAGAGUUAGGUAUGGAUUUAUGUCUUUGCUGGUUGUAACUUUGCAGUUCCAAGUGAGCAACCUGUGAAAUGAUUAUAACCGCUAGGCGUUCUGGUCUUUGUUUUGCCAUUUAUUUUGCGAGAAUGCACGGUUCUCUUCUUGA